AUGCAGGAGAAACUUGAGCUUUCUGAUGGAAAAUUGGAUUGGAAGGGAAGACAAGCUACAAAGUAUAAGCAUGGAGGAAUGAAGACUUCUUUCCUCAUACUUGGCACGUUUUGUUUCGAACAGAUGGCAACUGUUGCACUUGCAGUGAACUUGGUAACAUACUUCAAUGGAGUAAUGCACUUUGAAAUAGCAGAUGCAGCCAAUCAGCUGACCAACUUAAUGGGAGCUAGCUACAUCCUCUCUAUUCUGGUGGCUUUUUUUGCGGACACUUAUAUUGGCAGAUGGAAGGCUGUUAUGAUUUCAGGAUGCAUUGAGUUCAUGGGACUAGUUCUGCUAGCAAUUCAAGCUCAUUUUCCCAAGCUCAAACCACCCCUAUGUAAUGUCUUCGAGCAAAAUUCUCACUGCGAGAAAAUUGGAGGUAGCAAUGCUUUGCUUCUCUUUGUAGCUCUCUACUUGCUUGCUCUUGGAACUUCAGGGUUCAAAGCUGCUUUGCCAUCGCAUGGCGCUGAUCAAUUCGAUGAAAAAGACCCGAAAGAGGCCAGGCAAAUGUCCAGCUUCUUCAACUUUCUCUUGCUUUCAGUGUGCAUUGGUGCUGCAAUUAGCAUAACACUUCUCGUGUGGGUUCAAGACAAGAGAGGAUGGGAUUGGGGCUUUGGAAUCAGUGCUCUUGUUUUAUUCUUGGCAUUGGUCUUAUUUUUCGCUGGAUUGCCAAUGUAUCGUAUACAAGUCGUCCAAGGAUCUAGUGCCAUCACUGAAAUUAUACAGGUGUAUGUUGCAGCCAUCCUUAAUCGAAAACUUCAACUUCCUGAGGACUCUUCAGAACUCCAUGAGAUUGACAACGACAAGGAAGCUGCUUUAGAAGCAGAAUUUCAACCUCACACAGAUACUUUCAGGUUCCUUGACAAAGCAGCCAUAAUCCAAACAACAUCUACAGGGAAGGAUGGGAGAGCAGAAGCUCCAAGUCCCUGGAAACUCUGCAGGGUCACCCAAGUAGAAAAUUCAAAAACCAUUCUUGGAAUGCUACCAGUCUUCUGUUGCACCAUUAUUAUGACUCUUUGCCUAGCUCAGCUCCAAACCUUCUCCAUCCAACAAGGUCUAUCCAUGGACACUGGCAUCACCAAGUCUUUUGACAUUCCACCAGCUUCAUUACCAAUCAUUCCAUUUAUUUUCAUGAUCGUCUUAAUCCCAUUGUACGAUCGCAUAUUCGUACCAUUUGCACGUAAGAUCACAGGACAUCCCACAGGCAUAACUCACCUUCAACGUAUAGGGGUUGGCCUAAUCCUCUCUUCUUUAUCCAUGGCAGCCGCAGCAAUUAUGGAAGGGAAACGAAAAAAAGUGGCCAGAGACCACAACAUGUUAGAUGCAAUCCCUGUGAUGCAGCCAUUGCCCAUUAGUACCUUCUGGUUGUCAAUUCAAUAUCUCAUUUUUGGCAUUGCAGACAUGUUCACCUACGUUGGGCUUCUUGAAUUUUUCUACUCACAGGCACCAAAAGGGAUUAAGUCUAUCUCUACUUGCUUUCUUUGGAGUUCCAUGGCACUUGGAUAUUUUUUCAGCACCAUGUUGGUUAAGAUAGUGAACAUUGCAACCGAGGGAAGUACUAAUAGUGGAGGCUGGUUGGCAGGCAAUAAUAUUAACCGGAAUCAUUUGAAUCUCUUUUACUGGUUGUUAUCUGCUUUGAGCUUGAUCAAUUUCUGUAGUUAUUUAAUUGUUGCUAAGAGGUACAAGUACAGGCCUCAGAACUCUGCGCAUGUGGGUUCAGGUGAGAACAGUGAGGGCUAAGAAUUACCUCAAUUGUA